AUGUCUGGAAACGACCUUACCCCAGAUGAAUAUCGCCGCUGGCAAGCCCAUAUGAAACGUCGGGAGAGGAGAGCCAAAGCUGAGCGAGAAAGACUUGAGCAAGAAAGACUUGAGCAAGAAAGACUUGAGCAAGAAAGGCUUGAGCAAGAAAGACUUGAGCAAGAAAGGGUUGCAGAGCAGAGAUCAGCACAGGAGACAGCAGGAGAACAGGCUGCACAACUUGCCAAUAUAUCAGAAGAUGUCAUUCCUGAAGAUAUUACCUCAUCUCCCUUGCUUGGGUCAUAUCUAGACUACCCACGUACAGCCUUCAACCGGAUCGCGGCGAUCUGGCAAUACCUCUGGAGAUACAGACGGCCCAUUGUCUAUUCCAUCGUUGUGUUGAUGAUUGGGAUUUUGGUCAAGUUUCUCCUCGACACUCCUACUCCUUUUCCUGGCGGCACUAUUGGCGGCUUUAUUGUGCUGGUAGCAAGAACAGUGCUUCGCCAUCCUCGUUCAGUAGGUGACCUGCUUAAACCAGCCAGAACUCUUUCUUGCAUCUGUGACGGACCAGUCUUCUCAGUCAGUGGUAAACUUCUCAGCGAUAUAGGCAAGGUACUGGAUGGUAAGACUGUGGAAGGGGUUGACUUCAGUUUUAACAAGACGUUACUGCUGCAAGUCAAUCGGGCAGAUGCUCGGCUUUCCACUGUCACCACCAGUAUUUCCGACCAUUCUUACGACAUUUGCCGACAUAUCUCUCAUCUUAAUGAUAUUAUAUCCUCGGAGCCAUCAUGGCGGUCGUCCUUUCUACAGUCUCUUUCCCUUGAACAUUCCAAGGAAACGAAAAUCCAGAAUGAGGCAGAAAGUUUCCUCUCUACCUUGAAUCACAGCAUCACAACCCGUUCAAUAAUGAUCAACAAAACCAAAGACGGCCAUAAAUCUAUCCGCCAACUGCAGAAGGAAUUCUGUGACGGGUGUGACAAAGUGCUGUCAAUAAAAACAGAUAUUUCCUCAAAGUUUGGCGCCAAAAAAGCCGCCUUGAAGGCCCGGGAGAACUACACCGCUUUACGGCGAUAUAUUGCCCGUACAUUUAAUGGCGUCGACAUCGAAGCUCUGAGAUUGGAGAACCUGGCACUUUGGCAACAGCUGGCCGAGGCAGAUGACUUCCGCAUCUACAUUGCAUUCGGAUGCAGAGGGAGUGAGUUGUCCUGCUAUGAGAUACACAGGUUGAAGAUGGCCUUGGAAAAGAAUGAAAAAUGGUCCAAGAAAGCUACUCACAGGGUUGUGAAGACUCUAGAUAGGCUACGAGGUGGUAAGAUUAACCCGAAGGUUGCUGGGCAGGAAGUGAUUGAGAUUAUGAAGACGUAUGAGGGCGAGUUCAACGAAGGGUACUAUGACAGAACUUGA